AUGUUAUUAUGUUUCUGUUUUCUAAUUAUUUUUGUUAAUGCAAGAAAAUAUCAUUUAUUCGGAGAAAAUGAAUCAUCAACUAUUUCUUCGACAAAUGAUCAACGUUUAUUAGUUGAUGUUGAUAUAUAUAAUCGUCCUUAUGUCUUACCUUAUUUUCUUCGACAACUUGAACAAUUAACUUGUCCAUGUAGUCAAUGUUAUUUAGAUUUGCAUCUUUAUCAUGUAUUUAAUACAAUUACUGAAAAUGAAACUAGUCGAUUAUUAAAUGAAUGGGUAUCAGCUAUGAAAAAAUCUGAUCAAUCAAUAUUUACAACAAUUAUUAUUCAUGAAUGGACAGCAAAAACACAAAAUGAUCAAGCUAAUCGUUUAAAUGAUGUCAUGAAACGUUCAUUUGAACUUGAAAUAACAUAUCUUGCUAUGUUUGAUUCAAUGAUUAUUUUAUUAGAACCUGAAAAAAUUUUAUCAAUAUUAAUAUCUAAAGAUAAACCAUUAAUGACACCAUUAUUACGUUCGACUAAAGAUAUGUUUACAUCAACAUUUUAUUUAAAUGAUCAACAAAUAUCAGGUUUUCAUGAUUAUAAACAAAUAUAUGAACGAAAAAAACUUGGUUGUUUUCUUAUUAAUGGUGGCAUAAAAGAUUUUUAUUUUUUUAAUUUUAAUUAUCCACAAAUACGUGAUGUCUUUUUAACGAAUAAAAAUUAUGAAAAAAUUCAACCACAGACUGCUAUUGAUGUUAUUGCAAGAGAAAAUUCUAUACCUUCAUAUGUAUGUAAUCGUGAAGUAUUUGGUUAUAUACCGGUACAAUUUCUUGAAACAUCUUAUGAUGAAACAAUUAUAAAGGAAUUUUACAUUCAUAUGUUAAUCGAACAUCAAUUGAAUGGUCUAUCACAAACUUAUUUACCACCAAUUCCACGUACAUCAUUGAUUAAUAUACCAUUAUCAAAAGAAAAAACAAAAUUUGGUUUAGAUGAAAUUUAUGUUAUUAAUCUUGUACGUCGUACUGAUCGUCGUGAACGUUUACAAGCAACAUUUGAUAUACUUAAUAUAUCCGUACGAUUUUUUGAUGCUGUUGAUGGAAAAUAUACAAUUGAUCAAAAAUAUUUAGAAAAUCUUAAUAUUCGUCUAUUACCAAAUUAUGAAGAUCCAUAUAAUCAACGACCAAUGAAUUAUGGUGAAUUAGGUUGUUUUUUUUCACAUUAUUUUAUUUGGCAAGAUAUGAUUAAAAAUGAAUAUUCAAAUGGUAUAUUAAUACUUGAAGACGAUGUUCGUUUCGAUGUUUAUUUUAAAUAUAAAUUAGAAAAAAUUUUAUUAAAUCGUUCAUUCGAUUGGGAUAUAUUAUACCUCGGAAGAAAAAUUAUGCGACCUGAUGAAGAAAAUUAUGAAAAUACAAUUGAAACAUAUCUUAUUGAACCAUCUUAUUCUCAUUGGACUGUUGGUUAUGCACUUUCAUUACGUGGUGCACGUUUGCUUGUUGAUGAAAAUCCACUUCAAAAAAUUUUACCUGUUGAUGAAUAUUUACCAAUCAUGUAUGAUCAUCAUCCAAAUGAAAGUUGGAAAAGUCAUUUUCGUAAUAGAAAACUUAAAGCAUACGCAUUUUAUCCAUCAAUUUUAACACCAACACAUUAUUUUGGUGAACCAAAUUAUAUAUCUGAUACUGAAAAUACACCAAUUCUUGGACAAAAUGAUAAAGAAGAUUCUGUAACAAAAUCAACAUUAGCUAGUAUUGAUGUAGUUGCAACACAAAAACGAAUUGAAGAAAAUGUAUCGAUGAAAAAGGAUGAAUUAUAA